AUGACAGAUGUAGGUGUAUUGACCACUGCUUCCAGAUGGGGUAAUGGGGUUGCGGUAACGCCGCUGAGUGGAACGGGUAGAUCCACAGCCCAUGAUUGGGAGGAAGAAAAGAAUCGAGCCAAGGACUUCUUUGACGAUGGAACAAUGACAUUCUUCUGGAAUGCACACACUUGUCUGUGCCUUUUCGUGUUCUCUUGCUUUUUGUUCUACGUUGCUGUGCUUGAAACGGAUACCUUCUCUUCCGAAUACAACCUGAAACGGGGGCUGUGUGCUGUCUUUCUAGUUUUCGUUCUCUUUGGAGUGCUUCACACUCCCGAUGGUCCAUUCCGCCGUCCCCACCCUGCAUUCUGGCGUCUGGUUUUAUGUCUGAGCAUAUGUUACGAGCUGCUGCUCGUGCUCGUCUUAUUUCAAGCAAAAAUGGACCUUUUUGUCUUGGUGCAUUUUUUUGGAUGGUGGUUCAAAACACUGAUCGUCCGAGACUACUGGUUAUGCAACGUCCUCAGCUUCGCUUUUGAGGUUAUGGAAUAUACCCUGGAGCACCAGUUGCCGAAUUUUCACGAAUGUUGGUGGGACCACUGGAUUAUGGACUUUUUGGUUUGCAACAUGGCAGGCAUUUGGCUGGGAAUGAAGACACUUAACUACCUCAGUAUCAAACCAUACCAUUGGCGAGGUAUGUGGAAGAUUUCGGGUUACAGAAAGAAGCUGCGUCGUGUGAUACUGCAAUUCACGCCACACCGAUGGACAGACUUCGACUGGCGGCCAACUGGAAGUCUCAAACGGUGGCUUGGUACGCUAUUCCUUUGUGCAGUUAUCCUACUGGCGGAAUUAAACGCCUUUUAUCUAAAGUAUGUUCUCUGGAUACAUCCGUCGCACAUGUUGUGCCUCACCAGACUCAUGUUCGCCCUUCUUUGGGGUGGACCUGCAAUAUACGAAUAUUUUCAGUUCAUGGAUGAUCCAAACUGCAGACGCCUAGGGAGGCAGGCGUGGAUGUUCUGCUGCAUCAUCAUCACUGAACUGCUCAUAGUGAUAAAAUUCGGCUGGGAAACAGUCACGAAACCUCUCCCUCGACAUAUCGCUACAUUUUGGAUACUCUCAAUCUUGGCAUUGGCUUUAUGGACUUUUCUACGCUUCUACGUCACACGAUGGUUAAUCAAGGCCAGUCAACAUCCAGAGGAACGUGAACAUGUGGAUUAGUCAUGUAUUGUCGCUACCGAAUUUCUCUACCCCCCUUAUCGCCUUCAGUGUAAUUUCCCAUGUUUUACAACGCUCUAUUUUUUAUACUGCGUUAGUCAUCUUUCAAUUCGGUAUAUUUUGCUGAUUCGGAACUCAGGUUGACGCAAAUAGCUGUAUUUUCCGAAAA